AUGGCGGUGGAGGUGAUUUCCUCCCGCGUGACGGCGGACUCUGCCGCUCCUUGUUCCCGGUUGCUUCCUCUCAAUCCAUCGGUCCCGCUUCGAUCCCCAUGGAGAGAUGGCGGAGGUGGCUCCAAGACCGUGUUGGCGCAUGUUGAACGGGCGACGAGUUUGGUGGAGCGUGAUGGAUCGGUCGGGGCAGGCCCGUCCAGGGGGCUGUGCGAGCAGUGCGACCGCACCGGGCCCCCAAAUCCCAAGGACCCUCAAUUUUGGGCCAACGUUAUCGAUCGAGGCCCUGCCGAGCACCCCUUCCCCUCGUUCCAUCCCCUCCCUCGCUCGAUUCCCCCCCUCCUCACAAAUGGAGGCGCCUCCUCCUCUGCUCUAUCCCUAACCCUAACCCAAGGCGAUGGUGCCGUUGCCCGCGGCUCUCCCUUCACCGACGGCGCCAUCUCUUCCGAGUCCGAGCUGGAGGAGCACAUCUACGUCGGGGAGGCAGCAAGGCCAGCACGCCGUCGGUCCGUCCUUACCUGGUUCCUCACCAAGCGCCACGAAGAGGAAAAGAUAAUGGUGAAGGAGAAGGGGAAUGAGAAGGGAAAGGGUGCUGGUAAGGAUAAUGCGAAAGGGUGCUGCCGAGGGAUGAGAAUGAAGAGGAUGAUGUUGAGAACAUCAAGUUACCCACUGUGGUGGAGGAGAUCAACGAUUGACAUUCAUCAUGUGGAUGUUGAUCUUGCUAUUUUGGAGAUGAAUGUCAAAGUGAUCUUUCUCAUGUGAAGGCUACUUUUGCAUUUCUGUUAUGUUGAAACCUUUCAAGUCAUGAACUAUGAAUUGUCACUGCUAGCUUGGAGAUGAACCUCUCAUUUGUGUUAUGUUCAACUUGUCAAUUGCCAUGGACUUGGAAUUGUUAGAGCAAGUUUGUAAUCAUGUCAUUCAAUGAUGAUAAGACCUUAUGUUUGUGGA